AUGGAGCCGGACAAUGCCCCGUACUCCAAACUCAAAACCACUGGAGUCGGGGGGAGAGUUCUGAUUCUUUGGACUAUACUCUCUUGCACCUGUUCUCUAAGGCUCGCACAAGCACAAGAUGUGGAUGUUCUGCAGCAGCUCGGGCUUUCUGGGCGAAGAGCAGGCGGGUCAUCAUCUUCAGGCGCUCGAACCAUCCCUAAUGGCAUCAUCCCCUUCAAGUCUGGAAUUAUCCUCACCCCGAGGGCACGUAUCCAGGUGCCUGUGCGCACUGUCAUCCCCGCUAACUACAGCUCCACCAAUCUCUCCCUGAUCCUCAGUUUGUCUGUUCAUCGAGUCAACAGCGCUUUUCUUUUCUCAGUUCUGUCUAAGAAACGGAAAGUGCAGCUCGCAGUGCAGUUUGUUCCGGGGAAGGUCCUGGUACACGUGGGGCAGAGGAGCUCUGUGAGUUUCGACUAUGAUGUCCACGAUGGCCGGUGGCAUAGUCUGGCCUUGGAUGUCCAAGGCCAUCAGGUGUUCUUGCACACUUCUUGUGGGAAGAAAAGCAUACAUACAGAUUUGCGUUCUAAAAAAGUUGAGGCCCUGGAUCCAGAGGGCUCUUUCCUGCUGGGCAAAAUGAACCACAACUCGGUGCCGUUUGAAGGUGCCAUCUGUCAGUUUGACAUUUAUCCCUCUGCUAAGGCAGCUCAUAACUAUUGUGAUUACAUUAAGAAACAUUGCAGAGAAGCCGACACGUAUCGGCCUGUGUUUCCACCCCUGCUACCUCUAUUUUCCACAGACCCAAAUAUUACUGUCACUCAUCUAACUCCACUGUCAUUGACAGAGCUUUCCAAAAAGGGGCUGAGACCUGCUCUGGCCUUGAUUGAGGAAAACACCAGGACUACUAUUCUUGUUCCAACUGACCGCUUGCUGAUGCAGAACAAAACAUCUGUGCAUCAGACUUUGAGCACUCCACAACCUGGUGCUGUGUCUCUUUCUCCACCAGUUCAUCCAGGGUUGGAAAGCCCGUUAAAAUUUCCAACUCAAACAGUUGCUACAUCUCUUAGGAUCAGCGUGACACCACCGAGCCCAACUUUACAUACUGGAAAGACCACAAAGCAAGGAAAUACUAAUGCCCUGAAACCUUCUGGGAAUACUAUGGAUUUACCUGCUUCCACCAGACCAUCAGAGAUGAGGCCAAACCUCCAGACCACAGCUGCUUCUACACAGGGGUCUCCUUCAAACGCCUACCUUCCCCAUAAAAAGCAGUUGAGCACAGUAGCUCCUAAGAAACCUGAGCCAAAAGUGACCGGUGUGCAGGAUGUCAAACCCACCUCGCUUAUUCCAGUCACUCCAGCUGCAACAGAUGGCUUCCAAACAUUUGACCUGGAACCGACUCACUUCUCACUGCUGGCUGGACCACCUGGACUAAAGGGAGAACCAGGACCGCCGGGCCUUCAAGGACUUCCAGGGUUGCCUGGAAAGCCAGGGAAGAGGGGCCCAAGGGGUCCCCCUGGCCCACAUGGAAACCCUGGUCGUCCUGGACCUCCUGGAGUGAAGGGACAAAAAGGAGAUCCCGGACUGUCCCCUGGUCAAGCUCCAAAAGGACAAAAAGGAGAGCCCGGUGUCGUGGGCCCCCCUGGACUGCCUGGCCAAGAUGGACGAAAGGGACAAAAAGGGCAUCCUGGUCCCUCUGGUCUCCCAGGUGAACCUGGUGAACGGGGAGAUGAUGGAAGCCCUGGGGCCAAAGGCUAUCCUGGCAGGCAGGGUUUUCCUGGGCCUAUAGGAAAAAUGGGGCCAAAGGGAGUCAGGGGACACAUUGGCAUCCCUGGGCUUUUUGGCCUCCCUGGUCCUGAUGGCGAAAGAGGAAUUCCUGGCGUUCAUGGGAAGAAGGGCAAGAUGGGUAGGCCGGGUUUUCCUGGUGACUUUGGAGAGAGGGGACCUCCAGGGCCUGAUGGGAACCCAGGUGAACUGGGAGCUCCUGGCCCAUGUGGAGUCCCUGGUCUUAUUGGAGACAUGGGCCCUGUUGGCAUUAUGGGCUUCGCAGGACCACCGGGACUCAAGGGAGUACCAGGCAACCUAGGGGAACCAGGACUGAAAGGUGAUAAGGGGGACGUUGGCUUGCCAGGAGAGCCAGGGGAGUGUGGAUUCCAAGGGGACAAGGGUAUGCGUGGCUCACCUGGGUUGCCGGGUCCUCGUGGAAAACCUGGACCACAGGGCAAACCUGGUGAAAAGGGCCCUGAUGGUUUACCUGGCCCUCUUGGCCCAGAGGGCUUUCCAGGUGACAUUGGCCCACCAGGUCAAAACGGCCCUGAAGGACCCAAGGGAAAGCAAGGGACAAGAGGUUUGCCCGGUCCGAGAGGAACACCUGGACUUCAGGGUGAUGAGGGACCAGUUGGGCCAGCUGGACCCGCUGGACUCGAGGGCAGGCCUGGGAGGCAGGGAUUCCCUGGAUUGACAGGCCCAGACGGACCGAAGGGCGAGACCGGGAUAACUGGCGAGGUCGGAAAGCUUGGCGAGAGGGGACUGCCUGGUUUUAUUGGGCCCUUUGGAGAGAUGGGCAUCGCCGGAGAAAAGGGGGACCGAGGGAAAACGGGUGCCCCUGGGCCGCCAGGUGAACCGGGGCCGAUGGGGCCUCUCGGUUCACGGGGAUCCAUCGGCAUCAGAGGACCCAAAGGCAUCAGGGGUCCCAGAGGUCCCGAUGGCCCAGUGGGGGAGAAAGGGUCUACAGGAAUGAAGGGCCCUGACGGCCCACCAGGAAAACCGGGCUUCCCUGGAGAGACGGGAAAGCUUGGCGAGGCAGCUGAAGCCGGGCCUAAGGGAUUUCCAGGUGUUCAGGGACCCUCGGGACCUCCAGGAGCCAAAGGAAUUGCAGGAGAGCCUGGACCAGCAGGGCCCCUGGGAACGAUUGGACCACUGGGGGAGAUGGGACUGUCGGGUCCGCCAGGGAAGGCUGGAGAGAGAGGACUGCCUGGUGAAACUGGAGAGAAGGGUGCCAUCGGUCUACCUGGCAGCAUCGGGGAGCAGGGUCUGAUUGGCCAGAGAGGUGAGCCAGGCAUCGAUGGGGAGGCUGGAUCAAGUGGACCUGAUGGAGCUAAGGGUGAAAAGGGGGAUGCUGGUCCAGAGGGCGCUAAAGGAGACAGGGGUGAAAUCGGCCUGAAAGGAAACGAAGGACCUCCCGGGCCUCCUGGACUGCUGGGUGUACGGGGUCAGGAGGGCAAGCCUGGCAAAAUUGGUGAAAGAGGGAAACGAGGAGAAAAGGGGAGCAAAGGUCACCAAGGUCACCUGGGAGAGACCGGGCCAAUCGGUGAGCGGGGAGAAAUGGGAUUUGUGGGACAGAAGGGCACGAGAGGAACCAUCGGGCCAGUGGGUGCUCCGGGGAGAAUGGGCCAACAAGGAAAUCCAGGCAUAUCAGGUUACGAGGGUCACAUGGGACCACAGGGCCCACUGGGACCUCCUGGGCCAAAAGGUGAAAAGGGUGAACAGGGAGAUGACAGCAAGGCUGAAGGUCCUCCUGGUCCCCAAGGUGACAGAGGUCCUCCUGGAGACAGAGGAGAGAGAGGAGAGCCAGGUGACCCCGGACACAUUGGUCAAAUGGGUUUUGAUGGAAAGAGAGGUGAAGCUGGUGCCUCAGGGCUUCCUGGACAUCUUGGGCCAAAGGGACGACCAGGGCUGAAAGGAUCCAAAGGUGAUCAAGGUCAGAAAGGAAAAUCGGGGGCAACAGGAACAUCUGGGACCAAAGGACCACCAGGUCCAGAGGGUCCUCCUGGCCCACGGGGGGUUGUGGGCAGGGAGGGACUUGAGGGGCCGCAUGGAAUGGAUGGACUGCUUGGUAAAGAUGGAAGUAAAGGAGUCAAGGGGGAGCAAGGAGAAGACGGAGAGGUGGGGUUCCCCGGAAAACCUGGGCAGCAGGGUAAAACGGGUGUGACCGGGCUUCCUGGAAGUCAAGGCUACUUUGGACAGAAGGGUGAGAGGGGUCUUCCAGGCCAAACCGGUCCAUCAGGAAAAAGAGGCUCUAUUGGUGGGAUGGGAUUGCCAGGAAAACAAGGAGACCAGGGAACUAAAGGGCAACCAGGGGAUACUGGGGAACAAGGAUUUCCAGGGGUGUCGGGUCUGUUUGGGCCAAAGGGACCACCCGGAGAUACUGGCCCAGCAGGGAUACAGGGGCCGAGAGGACCACGUGGUUUGAUGGGUACGGAGGGAGCUUUGGGCCCCGUUGGCAUCAUUGGCCCCAGCGGUCAUCCUGGACCCCAGGGUGACAAAGGAAGUCGGGGGGAGACGGGUUUGCAAGGACCAAGGGGAUCUCCUGGUCCUCGUGGACCACCAGGACUACCAGGUCGUCACAGUUCUGCCCUUUCACUUAGAAAUGAGGCUCUUGGCGCUGCCUUUCAAGUCAUCAUUGAUUCCCAUGCUGCACUGAGGCAAGAGCAGAAUUAUCAGAGCAUGGACCUGCCCAUGUUAGACCAGGGCACAGAGAUUUUCAAGACCCUGCAGCAUCUCAGCACUCUGAUCCAGAGUUUAAAGAACCCUCUGGGAACCCGUGACAAUCCUGCCAGAAUCUGCCGAGACCUUUACAACUGUGAACACAGGAUGUACGAUGGCACUUACUGGAUCGACCCGAACCUCGGCUGUGCCACCGACACUAUUGAGGUGACAUGUAACUUCACUGCUGGAGGACAAACGUGCCUGAAACCUAUCACGGUGUCCAAGUUGGAGACAGGAGUGGGUCGUAUCCAGAUGAACUUCAUCCACCUUUUGAGCACUGAGGCCGUGCAGCACAUCACCAUUCACUGUCUCAACACACCUGUGUGGGCAGCAGGACCCUCCCUGCAGCCUUCACCCAGCGCUGUGAGCUUCAAGGCCUGGAACGGCGAGAUGAUCCGAGCAGGAGACCUCCUGGAGCCGAUCAUACACAGGGAUGACUGCUGGAUCAAAGAUGGCCGAUGGCAUCAGACCCACUUCAUCUUCCAGUCCCAGGACCCAAACUUACUCCCCAUAGUGGAUGUAUACAACCUACCAACAACAGCACCUGGCGCACGCUAUCACCUCGAGGUGGGACCCGUGUGCUUCUUAUAGGGCCCUGUGGAGGGGGCCAGGAAU